UUUUCCUCAAUUUAAAAAGCACAAAGCAAACCUAUAUUGUCAGGUACUCAGACCAUUAACAGGAUGGUAAAUCUUCACAUCUUGUUAGUUUUAGGAAUUAGUCUAUAUGCCUGCUGGAUGGGAAUUGUAAGUACUUUUAAGGUACCAAAACCGACCAAAACCCAAGCAAAAUGGCUGGAUUAUGAAGUGGGAGCGAUUGUUCAUUUCAAUAUGCAAACGUUUAACCGCUAUAUGAAGCCAGGUCAUGUUGUGCCCGUGGACACUUUCAACCCAGAAGAGCUUUCAACAGAUCAAUGGCUUGAGGCAGCUAAGAGUUUCGGUGCCAAAUAUAUCCUUUUUUCUAUCGACCACUUCAGCGGGUUUCUCAUGUGGCCUACUGCAACAGACUACAAAUACUCCGUUAAAUACACAAAGUGGAGAGACGGAAAGGGAAACGUCCUGGCUGACUUUAUCAAGUCCUGCCGAAAAUAUGGUUUGGAAUAUGGAUACUUUUAUAGUGUGCAUAAUAAUUGGUACAUGGGAGUGGAUAAUUACACCACUGGUGUUCCUGCAACACAAGAGUACUAUAAAAAGGUUGUAGAAGAACAAAUGCGUGAAUUGUUUAAUGCUACCUCUCCAUAUAAAGACCCUUUUUACAUUUGGUUUGAUGCUGGUAUUGUCCCAAAAGUGAGUCCUGAUAUCGGGCCAAUCAUACGUAAGUUAGCCAGUAACUCAAUCUGUGACGAAUGUCCCACGUUUUCUGGUAAUCAAGGAUUACACUGGGUUGGUAACGAAAAGGCGUUUGCACCUUUACCGCAGUGGUACGCCGUACCCAAAGGAAAAUGCUCUAAGAAGACACCAGAUGGUAAAAUAAUUCAAGGAAGCCCGUAUGGUCAGCUGUUCUGUCCCGCAAACUGCGAUACCGUUAUUCGUGAACACUUUUGGUUCUGGCAACCUGACACGGAGUACUCAGUGAAAAGUGUCCGCAGACUUUUGAGUGAAUAUCUAACAAGCGUGGGUCAUGGAUGUACAUUGAUUCUGAACCUCAAUCCCGAUACCCGCGGGCUGGUACCCGAGGAGGAUCGUAAGGCAUACGAGAAACUGGGAAAGGCGAUUGCACUGUUAUACAAAGAUCCUGUUAAAAAAUCAUUCAAGCCUAGAUUAAAAAUUGGAAAGAAGAAAAUUUGGAAGUUUACAGCAUUUAGAAGUCUCAAUGGUUCUGUUAUCCUGAUGGAAGAUAUUGAGAGAUAUGGUCAAUUAGUCAUGAAAUAUGAACUAAAGCUGAAAACUAAAGACGGUUGGAUUUCGACUCCAGAGUUGGGAAGCACCAUAGGACAUAAAAGAAUUCAUCCUUUUCCAAAAGACUUGGCAAAUAAAACUGUCUCUGCAGUUAGCCUAAGGAUCAAUAAACUUGUCACAAAGAGAAGAUCUAUAGUAUUAAGAGAAGUUUCUGUUUACAAUUGGAAUGAAGCAGCGAAGCCCGGUAAAAAUUUGAUUUAACGUCUGUGUCUUCAAAUGUCAAUAGAUUAUUUUGAAAUUAUCUGUAAAAUAAUGGUUUCGUUGGAAAAGAAUGAGAACAACUCAGAUUGUCAUAGCCAGAGCUGAGUUACGUUCAGUGGGCAUAUUAUAGCAAUAAAUAAGCGCGGAAAUUUGAGGAGCAUCACAAAGUACUCCAUACUAAUUUUUCACCGCGUUAGUGCUUGUCAGCUAACGAGCUAUAUACCAGUCUCGUCCCAAAUAUUUUAUCAUCUCCCGCAAUAAAUCUCUUU